CCCACUCACACAGCCCCUAAUAACCACACAGACACCCUUUAAAGGACAUUUUAGGGCAGCAUAGAAGUAAGCAGAACAGAAGUGACUGCAGAUUCAUGGACAAAUAACGUUGUGGGGACAUGAUUGAUAAAAACUGAAGAGAAAUAAAGUGCCGUCGCUGUCAUCAGAAUGAGGUUCACCGUUUCUCUCCUGAUUUUGUAUAACUUAUACUUGACUAUGACUAGUUGUUGCCGUAGUGACAGGAAUCCGGAUAACCGACCACGUGUCAACUGCACCGGGAUGACUCUGAGCAAUGUUCCACCUGCAAUUGAUCCAGCUACUGAAGUCAUAGUUCUUACAGACAAUGAGUUUGCGUCCCUGUCCUGGACCUCUUACCAGAGCUUCCAUAAGUUGCAUGAGUUAGACCUCUCCCGGAACAAAGUGUCAUCACUAGAGAACAUUCCAGACCUGAUCCUCCCCUCUUUGAGCAUCCUCCGUCUCUCGGGUAACCGGCUCCAGGAACUCCCAGCAUCUGCCUUUGUUGCUGCAUCCAAGCUGAUGGAGAUCUUCCUGCGUGCAAACCAGCUGCGCACUCUGAACGAGGAAACUUUCAAGGACCUGGAGAAACUGGAGGUCCUGGACCUCUCCCAAAACCUCAUCCAGGUGCUGCCUUUGUCGCUGCUGGCCGUCAUUAACACCAAAUUCCUCAAGACCUUUGAUGUGGAGGACAAUCGUCUCAAGGUCAUGCCAGACGAGUUCUUUUCCAAGUUACCUGACAUCCCAUAUGUCUACUUGUCCAAGAACCUCUGGGUCUGCAACUGCAAGGUGGCUUAUCUGUCACGCUGGCUAGAGGAUCAGGGUCACAACGUCUACGUGCACACAGGUCCAUCCAAUAUUGUAAAUGACCCAGAGAGUGUGGUGUGUGACAGCCCGAGUUCACUAAAAGAUCGGGCCAUCAUUGAUUUGCAAGAGGAUGAAUACUGCCCUCCCUCCCCCCUUGGUGACAUGGAUUCCACUGGAGCCCCUGCAGCCAUCUCGCGGACAGAGUCCUUCCAAUCUACAGCCUCACCAUCCACCACCGCGGCCAUCCGUAGGAUUCUCUCUACUGCGUAUAUCCCCUCAUCAACCCAAACCGCUGCAGCCACCCAGACAACGACCAUCAUUCCUAACCAGGCCAAAACCACCACCACACCCACAAUAAUCCAAACCACCACGUCCACCCAGACCUCUCCCAACACACACACCUUUAUCAGAACAACCACACCCACCCAGCCUCACACCACUGGUUACACAUUUUGGUUUGUAACAGCAAUAACAAGUUAUUACCGAACAUGGACUGGGUAUAAAUAUUAUGUAACAGAGUUUGCCACGUCUAAGAUGGUAGCUGAGGAGGGGAUGGAAUCAGAGCCUACCACUAUGUCUACCACUUUUCAAAUGACAACUAUACCCACACCCACACCCACACCCACCACUAUGUCUACCACUUUUCAAAUGACAACUAUACCCACAUCCACAUCCACAUCCACACCCACAUCCAAACCCCUGUCCACGUCUCCAUCCACAACCGAACAUCAUCAAACCACGACUGGUUUUCCUUGGACCACAAAGCAGUCUCUCACUGUUCGCUCUGUGGUUUUGGACAGUAGGAUACAGGAGAGACCAGUGGUGUAUUACUGUUGGUGGCUAUUCAUUGGUUACCUUUGUCUGUGUGUCUUGCUGGUCUUCUGGCUGUGCAUAAUCUCCCUCUGGUCCCUUCGAGUCUACCUCAGAGUCUAUUUGCCUCUAGUGCGAAAGAAACAGGAGCAGAGGAGAAACACAGCGAGGCUGCUGGGAUAUCAUGUCAGACAGGGAAAGGACACAGAAGGGAGGGAAGAGAAUGCUGGGUGGAGAGGGAAGGUGGGUGAUCAGGCAGGGACAAUUUCACUGCCUUUGGAGGGUGCUGAGGGGGUGCAAGCUUUGUUUCGCUCUGUGCUUUUUGUCUACAAGACUGGGGAAAAGAAAGAAGGGGAGGGGGAGGAGGGGUGUGAGGCAGUAAAAUCUGAGGAUACAGCGAGGAAAGAUGGACCUACUACAAGUCAAGAAUGUAUGAUAAGUGAAGGUAUUGGAAGAAUAGACAUUGGAGGGGGAGGAAAGGGGGAGGUGCACAGGAAGACAUUAUACAAGGUGAUCAGCCGAGAGGAAGAGAUAACAGGAUGGAGUGAUGUGGAUAUGAGCCAGAAGUCUAAUGAAGGAAAUCAAAAUGAGCAAGCGGAGAGAGUGAUGCAAGGAUGGUCAGAGAGAAACAGGAGAAGCAGUGAGCUCAAAAAGAGGUACAGCUUGAUCUUAAGAGAAGAGCGAGUAGAAGGGGAGGAAUGGGGAAGGAGUAGGAGCAGGGAGCCCUCCAUUGGGAAUGAGUGGGUUGUAAGAGAGUGGAUGCUGAGAGACAGAGGGGGAGAGGCUGCAGCAGGGGAUACAAGAGAGGAGGAUUGGUGGUCAUUGAUGCCUUUGAUUGCAAGCAGCACUGACCUUGAACCAAGAGGUGGAGACAGCUCCACCACCAGCAAUGACAUCACUUCAGAGACUCGUCUCUAAACAUCCUCACGUAUGCAUUUUGCCUGUGUGUGUUUGACCAGACACAUAUAAAGCAGGGGUCACAUAUCAAGCCUGGAAAUGCAGGAAAUAGUUGUAAAUUGUAAAUUAAGUCAUACAUUGAACGAAUGAACAACAUAAUUUGAUGUCAGUCAAGCUAAAUGUCUGAAUUUGAAUGCAAAUGAAACAUUUUUUCAGAAUUGAAUCAUGAAUAGUACUUACUGAUCCCUUCAGUGAAUCAUGGAUGCUGUUGUAGAACCCUGCUGUAGAGCUCUGUACUGGACAUUCUUCCCAGCCUGCUCUGCCCAUUACUUCUGACUGCUGGCACAUGAGAUCUUUCAUCUCCUUUGCCUUUGGGUCCCACAUUCAUAUGAAUUUGUUUUAUCUCCUGCUAAAUCCUUGCAUUUAUGCAAUAUCAGCAUUAUCUAGAAAAUAAAUGUGUACAUUUUACUUGAGAAAAAUAAUAAAAGAAUAGCUUGAUGUUUGCUUCAGAAUCAUAAUUAAAAUAUCCUGAGCAUCCCUGAAUGAAGGCUGAGUUGAUUUGUUAUACAAAAAAAUAUACUCACCAGUUCAUUUUCAGACAUAAACACAAGAACUUUUCUUUUUUUUACAAAUAAACAAAAGGACACAUGAUAAAUUAAAGGUUAUGGUAAUAGGAAGUUAGAAUAAAAUUGAUUAUUUCUAUUUUACAAAUGGGCCUAUUUCGGCAGUAUCAUUGCUGUAUAGAAAUCAAACAGGUCUAAAGCAAUCAGCGAGUUACUAAUGGCAUAUUGACGAGCUACCAAUCUUUGGUGUCAUGAAGCAUCUGACAUAUCAGACAUCCCAGAUCAAAUAUAUUUCCUUCACGUUUGGCCACGUCUGUGUAAUCCCCUAUGUCUUUAACAACAGCAAGGUCAUCGAUGCUGAAACUGGCCAUUACAAAGCCAGAUGUCUUUCUACGCCCUGUAGACUAACUUUUUCCAACUCUGCUAGGGCUUCACUGAUUUAAACCAUUAUUAAACGUAUUCAAAGUAGCUGUGUGGUAUACUGUUUUGUGCCCUGUGCAUUGCUUUGUCAGUUUUUCUGAAGGAAUUAAUUGCGAUAGGAUGUUUUCUUGCUCUCCAACGACUUCAUUCUUAUCAGGGCGAUAACUAUUGAUUAAUCCAAGUGCUUUUAAACAUAUACAGUAUAUAUGGUGUUUGACAACCAAAAAUUGUAAAACUUCCGUUUUGUACAAUGUAGCUUAGAGUAUGCUCCCAAGCUUUCUGUUCUUAGAAGAUAUGAAAAAUCAAGUAUUCAUAUAUUUAAUCUUGUAAAUCUUUCAUCGGUUGUGAUCAGAUAUCAAUUUCUGUAAGAUUGUAAUAAAAGUAAUACAACAGCCAGGAAAUUCCA